AUGGCUUUACCAACGGUAGGUACCACUGGAAAGAGAAGAGAGAGAGAGAUGAUCACGGUUCUUCAUAUAAUUCAGGCUAUACAUGAUGUUGGUGUAGUGGCAUCCUUUGGACGACUUCUCAGUGAGGAACUUAUUUUAAAAUUUCCCUAUGGCAUAUUGAAUGUGCAUCCCAGUUGCCUACCCAGGUGGCGUGGCCCAGCUCCAAUAGUACAUACAGUGCUGAAUGGGGAUGAGAACACUGCUGUCACAGUUAUGCAGAUAAGACCAAAAAGAUUUGAUGUGGGACCUAUAGUGAUGCAGAAGAAGUUUCCUGUUCCUUCCACGUGCACUUCUAAGGACCUAGAAGCUGUCCUGUCUAAACAUGGCUCUGAAAUGCUAAUUUCUGUUCUGAAGAACUUACCCAAGUGCUUAAAGUAUAGCACUGAGCAGCCAACAGAAGGAGCAACAUUCGCCCCCAAAGUGUCUGCACCCAUGAGCUGCGUGAGGUGGGAAGAACAGCGUGCAGAGGACAUUUUACGCCUAGAGCGUGCGAUUGGAUUUGCGAUGCCAUUGCAGACUGUAUGGAUGGGUUCUCCAAUUAAACUCAUCAACUUUGUGGAGGUUCCUGCUGCAUUAAACAUUCAAGAAAAGGUUGAUGUGCCUGGUUCUAUUCGAUACCUGCGAGGGCCAGAGUUACUGAUUGUACGUUGCAAGGAUGGCUGGGUUGGAAUUAAAACAGUAAUUUUAAAGAAGAAAUUGUCUGCCAAGGACUUCUACAAUGGGUAUCUGCACCAGUGGUUUGUACAGAAGCCAAGUGUUCAGCUGGAGACAUGCAGGUUUCACACACUGUACCUGCCCCCCAAAGUCAAGGUUUCCAAACCGAAACAAGCAUCGCUGAGAAAUACAGCACGGUGAUGUUAUGUAUUCUUGCAUUGAACUGGCUAACUGGAGAUAUUCAACUAAAUGCAGCUUUUGGAAGAGAGCACUUACACGCCAUCAUUCAUGGUGGAAAUAAAGAAAAUUGUCAUAAUUGCAGGAAAAUGCUACAAGACAAAUGAACAUUUCAUACCCAACUCUUAAUAUAAAAAUAUAAUUUUACUUAUAUCAGGGAUUAACAAUCUGCUAGAGUGU